CAAUCCACGGUCUUCUCUCCCAGACUGGCACACCCACCCCGCCGUCACUGUGGGAGAGUCAGUUGGGCCUUUCUGGGCUUCCUGGUCCUCAGCUCAGCUCCGCCUCGCCUCGAUCUGACCGGACAGCGAAAACACUUCUCAGUUAAAGAACAAAAGCAACAACGGAUGGACCGAGGAGGACGAAGUAACGACGACUCAAACUGAGACCUAAAUCUCCCGGAUUGAGAUAUUUGUGCGCCAUACGGCAAACGACUGAACUCCUGCGAAAAGGCGACAAACUUGGUCGCCUCGCAUCUUUGUAUCCCGACAGUAAUCCAUCGAGGUGCUUGAUAAAUAAGACAAGGGUCAAACCGACAGACGGACGGCAUUGUUUCCCUGGUCUUCCCCUAAACUUCGGCCAUAAAGGAACGGAGUGGCAGAGGGGAAACUCCGGGUUUCUUCUCAUGUCUUUACGCUGAAACCGACCAAGGAGACAGCGGGUUAUUUUGGCAUUUUCGAGGCUACACUCGUAUUUCGGGACUGAGAACUUGGGAGUGGAACAAAGGGCGACUGGGAAAGGGUGAAAGAGACAAUUUUGACAUCCCAGAUGGCGACCUACAGUGAACACAAUGGCAAACAUGGACUAUUUAUGGGCAUGAAGGGGCCUUUUGAAGGAAAAGCAACAAAGACAGAAUGUGAAGUAAAACUUGUACCCAAACGCCCCUCCAAGGAUUUGCGCCACUCUGCCAGCUCAGCUGAAAACGAGAGUGGCGUGGCUAGCUUCACCACAAACCACAACUCUGUUGUGUGCCUGCCUCUAGUGUCAGAGGGGCUGAAACUGGUGUGGACACAGUCGGAUCAAACCCGUGAACUUGACACAAUCCCAGAGCUGGUCCAAGCCUUUAACUUAUUUCCAUACCCAUCAUCCUGUGAGGUAACCACUCUGGCCCGGGUAUGUGCCUUGCCACUGGACAAAGUAAAGGUGUGGUUCAUGGUGCAGAGAAUUAAAUAUGGUAUCAGCUGGUCUUCAGAAGAAAUCGAGGAGACACGUCAAAAGCUGGCAGUGCCUGAUCUUUGUGAUGACUAUACUGAAACAAACGAGGAAGCCAAAAUAAAGAGCAAGAGCAGCAGUUCUGAGGAAUUGGUAAUUGAGGAUAAGGAUAUCAAUGAAGUAAAGGGGGCCAUCUGUAUCCCCCAGAAGAAGAAACCAAAGUGUGAGUCACAAGAUUCCUAUAAACCAGCCAAGCCCAAUGUCCCGUUUUUCAGCUCCUCCCUCCCCCCUCCUCAGGAUUCAUACUUCUACCGCCCACCAGCAGACACGCCAGCAGGUAUAGCAGCUGAUGUCUCCCUUGACCUUUCAGAGUCAUCUUCACGACAGCACCGCCAUGGGCGCUACAAAAAGUCUAAAGUUCAGCUCGCUGCCCUUCGGAAAAGCUUUUUGAGAGAGAAUUGGCCUGCGGAGGUAGAGCUUAGACGUUUGCAGGAAGAAACGGGGCUGAGCCGUAACGACAUUCGGAAAUGGUUCAGUGACAGCCGGUACCAGCUACGGGUUGGUAGAGGAAGCCUAGCUGCAGCACAGAAUCACUCUCAAAACACUGGAGGUAAACAAGAUCAAGAAAUUCAACCUAUCCCACUUAUCACACAAAAGACUAGUCAACUGGACGGUGUGAAGGGCCAGGACGGAGCCCGUGGAAAUGGGAUAAGAAAUUCACAUUUCUUUCAAACCUUCUUAACAAACAGCCUUGAAGCAUUUGGGGAGAGGGUCCUUGAGGCAGAAGGGUAUGAAGUUAUGGAGGAGCUUUCUGGUGAUGGGGACAGUUUGAAAGACGAGGAACAAAAUGAAGAGCAACCAUUGCAGCUGACUAAGACCUGCAAGAUUGAGCCAGAUGUUCCACAGGAACCAUCAGGUAUAUUAAAAUGCUCUCCCUACUCUUCCCCCUCUGGAAGCCCACCACUGACUGCCUCACCUCAUAAACCGCUUUCAAACAGCAACAGCACAUCAAAGAAGUCAGCCCACUCAGCCAAAGCCAGUCCCGCACAAACACCUUCAAAGGCUCCCUUAUCCACAUCCCCUGCCCUCACUCCAGCUGGGCGACCAAGAAAGACCAAGGAGCAGUUGGAUAUGUUAAAGCAGCACUUCUUACGCUGCCAGUGGCCCAAGAGUGAAGAUUAUACAGAACUUGUGAAGCUUACAGGUUUACCCCGGGCAGAUGUCAUUCAGUGGUUUGGGGACACGCGGUAUGCCGUUAAAAACGGCCAGCUACGCUGGGUGAAAGGCGUUCGCGAUCAGUUCUUGGCAGAGCUUGCAGCCCAGCAAAGUAGCAGUGGUUUAACUAACGGAAAUGGCUCUGGGACAUCUGCUCGGGCUGGGGGUGGCCGCAAACGAAAAUCACAAGCAAAUGCAACAAGUGCAGAUUCCCCUGAUAUCCAGCCAUUGCUGACAUAUUACCUUUCAACAGGCAAACUACAUGAAAAAGACCUUGACACUCUAUGCAAGAAAUCAAAAAUGAGCUACCAGCAAGUGCGAGAUUGGUUUGCAGGUCAGGAUACGGGAGGGACUGAACAAGAACCCAUUGCCGCUGAUUAAGACCAUGGAACCAAACAUUUCUAAAAGGUGUUGGUGUGCUCCUUGCAUCCUUUGCACCAAUAAGCAUAUAUACUACUUUGGUUUAAAUUGCUUCAAUUUGGCCGGUUUGUACCAUCCCGUCUUCCCAGCACAAGCCCAAAGUGAGGUUUGAGUUUUUAUAUAUGCUGAAUUUCCUGCUUUUCCUAAUAUAUUUGGACAUGAGUUAUAAUUGUGCUGCCUCUGUUGCUGUAAAUUGGACAGUAACUUGUACACUGGUUUGCUAUAUUUUGAGCUAAUUAUUUUUGUCUGGAUAUCACUACUACAGAGUUGUUAGUAUGCUAUUGUAGCAGUUUAAUUUAAACUGGUUGUACCUUUGGUAUCUGACUAAAGCAGUAACUGUUCCAGAAAAAUGUCUAUGUUGAUACAUUUGUUAAAAGGUCACUGUUUAAUCAUUCCUUUACAGCCAAUAAUUCCUUGUCGAGAAAAGCACACUGGACAUGAUCACUUUAAAUUGACAUCUUGCACUUUGGUUUUAGAGGCUGCUGCCAUAUUCAUAACAUCCAAUUUGUUCACAAAAUGUUAUUUGAACCCUUAACACUGAAAGUAAUAAACAUGCCUUUUACAAAACAGUAUGAUACAUCUAAUUGUACUUAUGUCUGACAAACAUUCCCCGAUUCUCUUUUACACUGCUAUAAAACCUGAUUUCCUGUUUGUAAACUCUGUAAUUUGCAUUCAACUGCACCUUUCAACAGUAAUUAGAAAAGCAACAAUCACAUCAACAUUAUACAGAUGUCAGAAUUGCCAACUUCAAUUCUCUUUUUUCUCAGUAAUUUAUCAGUCAGUAUUUUUAUGUCUAUUUUGUCUUAAUAGCUGUAGGGUGUUUAUACUUGAUGGACAGAUAAAAUAAUAGAUGGGCGUCCACAUACUGUAUAAGUAGCAAUAGAAUUUAAUCCAAAGAAAAACACCAACAAAUACUAUACAUUUUGGUAAUCAGUUCAGAGAAACUCCACACUCUGUUAGUAGCCCUCCAGUGGUUGAAGUGGGGUUUUAAUGGUGUCAGUUAGCUCAAUAGAAAUAUCUGGUUAAAGUUUAGAUUACAAUGAAGUCGCUCAAGCAGUGUCACUUUGUCAUUGUAUUAGUAGUGAAGCAUUAAUGCAAGUGUCAUGCUGGUGGAAAUUGUCCACAACGCUUAGUGUCUUCCUUUGCAGAUGUCUUCUAUGUAUUUCAUCCAGUUUGAAAUGUCUCAUUUGCACAAUUGUGUCACUGGAAACCAGUAAAGGAUUUGCCUUUCUA